UCCCGCGCCGCCCGCCAUUUUGUCUCCAGUGUCUGGUUUGCGGUCGUCGGCGUUGGAGGAAGCGUCGUGGUCCGUAGGCUUGAGGCAGGGAACGGGGUCUAUUGUCUGUGUUUGACUCCGUAGUUUGGUCCGAGGCCUUCCGCGUCUUUCCCGGGGCAGUCGGCAGAGGCUCCCGCCACCGCCCCCGCCCCUCCCCUCCUUCCCCCGGUCCGGGAGGGACCGAACCCGCGUCACGCCCCUCAGCGCUCGCCGAUCCCUUCUCUGUCGUUGCGUCCGCAUCGCGUCCCCGGAAUCAGACGGUGCCCCAUAGAUGGCCAGCUUUCCCCCGAGGGUCAACGAGAAAGAGAUCGUGAGAUCACGUACUAUAGGUGAACUUUUAGCUCCAGUAGCUCCUUUUGACAAGAAAUGUGGUCGUGAAAAUUGGACUGUUGCUUUUGCUCCAGAUGGUUCGUACUUUGCUUGGUCACAAGGACAUCGUACAGUAAAGCUUGUUCCGUGGUCCCAGUGCCUUAAGAACUUUCUCUUGCAUGGCACCAAGAAUAUCACCAAUUCAAGCAGUUUGAGAUUGUCAAGACAAAACAGUGAUGGUGGUCAGAAAAAUAAGCCUCGUGAACAUAUUAUAGACUGUGGUGACAUAGUCUGGAGUCUUGCUUUUGGAUCUUCAGUUCCAGAAAAACAGAGUCGCUGUGUCAAUAUAGAAUGGCAUCGAUUCAGAUUUGGACAGGAUCAGCUGCUCCUUGCCACAGGGUUAAACAAUGGACGUAUCAAAAUAUGGGAUGUAUAUACAGGAAAACUCCUCCUUAACUUGGUAGAUCAUACUGAAGUGGUCAGAGAUUUAACUUUUGCUCCAGAUGGGAGCUUGAUCCUAGUAUCAGCUUCAAGAGACAAAACUCUGAGAGUGUGGGACCUGAAAGAUGAUGGAAACAUGAUGAAAGUAUUGAGGGGCCAUCAGAACUGGGUGUAUAGCUGUGCGUUCUCUCCUCACUCUUCUAUGCUGUGUUCAGUGGGAGCCAGUAAAGCAGUUUUCCUUUGGAAUAUGGAUAAGUAUACCAUGAUACGGAAACUAGAAGGACACCACCAUGAUGUUGUAGCUUGUGACUUUUCUCCUGAUGGAGCAUUACUGGCUACUGCAUCUUAUGAUACUCGAGUAUAUAUCUGGGAUCCACAUACUGGAGACAUUCUGAUGGAAUUUGGGCACCUGUUUCCCCCACCUACUCCAAUAUUUGCUGGAGGAGCAAAUGACCGAUGGGUACGAUCUGUGUCUUUUAGUCACGACGGACUGCAUGUUGCAAGCCUUGCUGAUGAUAAAAUGGUGAGGUUCUGGAGAAUUGAUGAGGAUUAUCCAGUUCAAGUUGCACCUUUGAGCAAUGGUCUUUGCUGUGCCUUUUCUACUGAUGGCAGUGUUUUAGCUGCUGGGACACAUGAUGGAAGUGUAUAUUUCUGGGCCACUCCGAGGCAAGUCCCUAGCCUUCAACAUUUGUGUCGCAUGUCGAUCCGGAGAGUGAUGCCCACCCAGGAGGUCCAGGAGCUGCCAAUACCUUCCAAAGUUUUGGAGUUUCUCUCCUAUCGUAUCUAGAGGGCUCACGCUUCCCUGGUUGUAGGGUCUGAUGGAGCUCACUUGACACAAACCUCAAGCUUGACUGACUUCAAGUAUCUGUUUGUCAAGGUUUAGAAAAUUUAUUUAAUUUGAUACAUUCUUGUAGUGCAUUUUGAUCAUUUGAGCAUAUUAAAAUAUUAUUUAUAGACUAUAGGAGAAAUAUUUCUGGACAUAUCAAAUGUAAAUUUUUUUUUAAAUUUGACUGUGAAACCAUAUACAUACAUGUAUAUAUUUAGAUAUAAGCUGCUAUGUGUUGAAUGGACCCUUUUGCUUUUUUCACUUUUAGUUCCAACAUGUAUAUAUUGCUUCAGUAGAGGCACAAUAUCUAGCUUGCUGUAAAGUGGAAGGAAUUUCCACCACCACCACCCCCCCCCGGGCCCCUGCGUUAGACGGUAAAUACUGGCUGAAGAAAGCAAUUGGGGGUGGGGGUCAGGCAUCUGAACUGCAAGUAAAACCCAAGGGGAAAGAUUUUGUUUUCUUUAGGAAUGGCAUCCAAGAGGUAGAAUUUGAAUGUGACAUUAUUAAAUAAAAACAGAGCCAGGGUAUAACUAGGAAAAGGGUGUGUGUGUGUGUGUGUGUGGUGUGUGCGCGCGCGUGCGUGUGUGUGUGUCCUGCGUCAUCUCCCCCCGCCCCCGUAACUAUAUAACCAUUGCUGCGGGCCUUAAUUUUGGAAAGCAGCUUGCUACUUUAACCCCGUGGUAUAAAGUAUUAUCAAUUUUAGUCAAUUUGAAAAAUCCCAUCUACUGUAUUAUUGCUAAGUAUUUUGUUUGUACUAAGGGACAAUUUUAAGACCAUGGUUUUGCUUGUUUUUUUUUUUUUUUUUUUUUUUUUUUUUUACAUGUAUCGUAUGUUUCUGCAGGGGGUAAUGUUGGUGAUUUGCCAAAGAGAAGCAAUACAGUAGAUCUGCUUUUGCCUUCUGUUAUUUAUCUUACCUGCAGAUAUUAAGAAUGUAUGCAUUAUGUAAAAUGCUUGAUUAUAUAUUUUUGAGUUUUUUAAUUAAAGACUUGUAAAAAACCACUAUCA